AUGAAGCUCGCACAAGUGUUUGUUGGUUUGGUGGUGCUGUUGGCCGAUCGGGGUCACGCUAAGCAUGUGAUCGAAAGUCAUGAACGAUCGGUGCCGUCUUUUACACCGAGCAAUGAUCAACCCAUCAUUGGCAUACUGUCGCAGGAGCUGUCCUAUUCAAUGACGCAAAACUACGGCGAUGAAGGUUACGACAGCUACAUUGCAGCCUCUUAUGUAAAGUUCGUCGAAGGAGCGGGUGCUCGCGUCGUACCGAUUUGGAUUAACCAACCGUUGGAGUACUACGAAAACAUUAUGUCCAACCUGAACGGCGUGCUGCUGCCGGGUGGUGCUACUUGGUUUAACCAGACCAACGGUUACUCCGAGGCCGGUCGGCACAUUUACGAUAUAGCGGUGCAGUAUAACGAAAACGGCGAAUAUUUCCCGCUCUGGGGCACUUGUUUGGGCUUUGAACUGCUCACCUAUCUGGCAGCGAACGGUACCGAACAUCGGGCACACUGUAGCUCCAACAGUCAAGCGCUACCGUUGAACUUUAAGAACGAUUUUCGCAACAGCCGUCUGUUUGCCGACGCACCAAACGAUGUGAUCGACAUCUUGAGCAACGAACCGGUAACGGCCAACUUCCACCAAUUCUGUGUAACCGAGGCGAACCUGACUGCUUACGGAUUGGACCACGAUUGGCGCGUUAUGUCAGUCGAUCAGGACUGGAACGGCAUGGAGUUUAUCUCCACGAUCGAGCAUAAGACCUACCCAUUCUACGGUAUUCAAUUCCACCCGGAGAAGAACAUCUACGAGUGGGUGCAGAACAAGAACAUCUCCCAUACCGCGAAUGCCAUCCGCGCGGCACAGUUCUUCGCGGACUUUUUCAUCGAAGAGUCGCGCAAAAGUGAUCACCAGUUUACGAGCGAAACUAUGCUGGAAAAGCACGUCAUCUACAACUAUCAGCCGACCUUCACCGGGCUGAAGCGGUCCAGCUUCGAACAGUGCUACAUGUUCCGUGAAUCAUCCAAAGUGUUGCCGAAGGUAUUGAAAUCGAAAAAAAUCGGACUGAAGAAGAAGACUUCCCAGCGUGAUCCAGCUGGCGCUAGGCUUUGA